ACCUGGUUAUAUUUCAUAGCAUUAGUGCACAUUAACUUAAAAUCCUCAAUAAAUUCAUUCAAAUAAGUGUAUUCGUUUUCUUCAAUUUUUGAUCUCAUAGUACUAAAAUCCAUGGGUUGUGUGAUUAUGGUGGAAUACCCAGGGGCAAUAUUAUCGGUCACAGGCCAGGCAAAGAAUUGUUGCGGGUCUUUUUUUUCCAGUAAGCCGAGCAAAUGUUCCAAGCCCUUUGAUAGGGGGGGUGCGUUCGUGGAUUUUUUUUUAUAACGCAUGUGCGUAAUUCGCGAUCUCUGCUAGGCGAUAGUGGUUGAGUGUAUUGUGGGCAAGGAAGAUCGUCUAAAAGUGUAAUUGAAGUGUAAAUGAAUUUGUGAAGGUUUUUUUAUGUAAAAUAAUGUUACCUGUAUUGGUUCCGACGCUAAUUUCGAACUCAGACUCAUCCUUUUUGCGUUUUUUAUCCCUGUGGUGGUGUUUAUGCUUUUUUUCUCGAUCCUUAUUUUUAUCCUUUUUCUUCUUCUUUUUUUUACUCUUUUUGUGAUGCGACUUCCCCAUACCAUAAUAUUCAUCACCUUUAUCAACCUCCAUACCCUCACCUUCACCCCCCAUCUGCAUAUUCUGCAUAAACUCAGUAUUAUGCUCGGGGGUAUUCUGACUACCCACUUUCAGUAUUAACUUCAAACCACCUGCUCUAUCCGACGAAUCGUGCCGAUCUUUACGGUCACUUUUAUGCUUUUUGUGCUUUUUCACUGAAGAAUGCGUGGGAGAAGACAUAAUUAGUAAAAUACAAUUAAAUAUAUAUCGAAUUGAGGUUAUGUUUUGUUUGGCAUCCCGCUAACUUCACCGUUAUAACGCUAGAGGGCGCUGUCAAGUUGGUCAUUAGAACUACGACGAAAAACUAAUUUUGGCGUAAUUAACAAUGUUUUGUGGAUAAAUAUAUAAUAUUAUGCGUAUAUAAUGAUUUAUUUAAAUAAACUAAAGUAUAUUUGACGCUAAUAAACGUUUAGUUUGCAUUAUUUUUAACCUAACCUAUACUGACAAUCAAGGACACACCUGUCAAAAGUAUUUUUGUGUAUUUGUCAUAGUUAAAUUAACAAAAUGUCCUUUGAAAUGCUGCAGCAAGACUGCAAAAGGGCAGUUAACGACCUUAAAACACUAUCGAACUCGGAACUGGACGAAAUUAUGAAUGAUGAUGAAAAAAUUGGUAACCUAUUCACAAGCCUCGAUCAGUGUUACUUGACGAAAAUGGAGCAAAUUAAGGAAGAUACUAUAGCUACGAAUAAUUCCAUGGCUGAAUAUAAUUUAUCUAAAGAACCAGACUUGGUCGAGGGUAGGGAGAGAAUUCAGAGGGUUUCUGAAGAAGGGGAGCAAUUAACAAAGAGGGUUAAGGAAAAAAGUGAUGAAUUAAGGACAAAAACUGGAGAUAUGUCUCUUGAAACAGCUCUAGCUCUUCUGCAAACUGCCGCUAGCGAAAUGGAGGAAGAAUCCGACAAAAUAGCAAGAAAAUUUCUUGACAGUGAAGUCGAGUUAGAUGAUUAUCUCGAUCAGUUUUUACUUAAACGUAAAAUAAUGCAUUUGAGGCUUGUUAAAGCAGAAAAAUUAUCUAAAAUAUUAACUGGGGGCGUUUCUAAUUAUGUCAACGCCCCCCCACUUAAUAUUAACUCCGCUUACUUUCCGGGGGUACCUACAAAUAACCCCCCUUAUCCCAUAGGAAAUUCUGUACCGUACCCCACUGGGCCCUUAAAUAUGCCCAUGCCUGGGAUGAAUUAUUUCCAAAAUCAUUAUUAAUAAAAAAAAAUUAUUAAUUUUACUGUCAUGAUCAAUUUAGAUCUUAGUUUAGAUCUACAGCAUAUUUUUAGGUUAUUAUAAGAAAUUACCAUAAUUUCAAGAAAUAUAAUUUUAUUGUGAUAAUUUAACUAUAUAGGUAGGUAUAUACAAAAUAUAAAAUGCC